UCAGCCCACGUUUUUUCUCCGGUCUCCCCCGAUAUGGUUCGGUUCGAGGUCAAUCCCCCGAUUAGGGAUUUCAUUCCGAUUGACGCCGGUGCGAUGUCGGCGAUCCUUCCGAAGACGGAGACUGUCCAGAUCCGCGAGGUGUGGGCCGAUAAUCUCGAGGCAGAGUUCGCCCUAAUCCGCGAGGUGGUGGAUGACUUCCCCUACGUCGCCAUGGACACCGAGUUCCCCGGCAUCGUCUGCCGCCCCCUCGGCACCUUCCGCAGCAGUGCCGACUUCAACUACGCCACUCUCAAGGCCAACGUCGACGUGCUCAAGCUCAUCCAGCUCGGUCUCACCUUCUCCGACGAACGCGGCAACCUCCCGACCUGCGGCAGCAGCCGUGGCUGCGUCUGGCAGUUCAAUUUCCGCGAGUUCGACUUGCAGUGCGACGUCUUCUCUACCGACUCCAUCGAACUCCUCCGGCAGAGCGGCAUCGACUUCGAGAGGAACAGCGAGGAAGGGAUCGACGCCCAGCGGUUUGGUGAGCUCCUCAUGUCGUCCGGGAUCGUGCUUAAUGACUCCGUUCAUUGGGUCACAUUCCACAGCGGCUAUGAUUUCGGUUACCUUCUCAAGGUGCUCACUUGCCAGCACCUCCCCGACACCCAAGUGGGCUUCUUCAAUUUGAUCAGGAUCUACUUCCCAACCGUGUACGAUGUCAAACACCUCAUGAAGUUCUGCAACAGCCUCCAUGGGGGCCUAAAUAAGCUUGCCGAAUUGCUUGAAUUAGAAAGAGUUGGAAUAUGCCACCAGGCCGGUUCUGAUAGCCUGCUAACUUCUUGCGCUUUCAGGAAAUUGAAGGAGUCAUUUUUUAGUGGCUCUACUGAGAGGUAUGCAGGUGUGUUGUAUGGGCUGGGUCCUGAGAAUGGACAAACCGCUCAUUGAGCAAAAGAAUGAAAAAUAAAAAUAAAAAAAUUAAUAGUAAAAAAACUAUUUGUUUUUCUUUAGGUGGUGUGAUGCUUAGAUCUUCUUCCUGUACUAUCCAAGCUUGAUUUUGGUAAGCAAUUUUCAUAGCUCCUUGGUACAUAACAUUAGCUAUUGUGAUUUAGGUCCUUGAUUUUUAAUAUCAACACAAUGAGCUUUAAUGCCAUGUGCUAUGUUUGCUUCAGUACAAAUUUGAAUUUGCCUAAAUUGUUUCAAUUGAGUCUCCAAAAGGAUAUUCAUGAAUGACUGGUUGAUUCUGGAGGACCGGCAACAGGGUCAUACUUCUAAUUCUUUGUAUUUCUCUUCCACUGCAGCAGGACCUCCUCUGAAAUUAGAACUGUUGCUUGGUGGUAGGUAUGCAUCUUUUGUCUUGUUCAACUUGCACUUUGACAAAUUUGGCUUCUCUAACAUUCUUUAUUUCCCCUAUUUCUUAGUUCAAUCACCUUCUAUUUCUUGGUCUUUAAACCCUUGUUAUGUCUAAAUCCAUUACACCAUGCUGUUUCUAUCUGUAUCUAAAUUUCAAUUCAACUCUUCUUUAUAUCAAACCAUUUUACAGACAGAAAAGUUAGUUGGACACCAGGCGUCCAUUCUGGUGAUUUAAUGUUGGAUAUGAUUGAAAACAAUUGAGGCCUACUUGCCUACUUGGCAUUUAGGUGUAGGAAGUGGCAAGGAGGAGGAAACUACAUUGCCAAGUAACUUGUUCAGUUCAAUUCUUUAGAUUACUUUCAAUAGGCUUUUACUAAGAAACCUAUGGCAAUUUGAAUUACUAGGGUGCCCUUUGCAUGGAACACAAUUACUGAUAGAUGAUGUGAUUCAUAUUAUUGUGGGUGAGAUUGUGGAUAGAGGAUGAUCUUAGAUCUCAUAUCUGCGGUGGUUCUCUAAAUUCUAGGGUACUUGAUUCAGCUUCUUUGUUGGGGUUUCUCUUUAUCUAUGAGAGGUAAGAAGAUACAGAACCACAGAGGCUUUGCAACAACUUGUGGAGAAGAGAAGGGACCAAGGAACACAGAUUAUCAAGGCGGGCCAGACAGAUGCCACUGGAGCAAUAUGUAACAAAGAGGAAGAAGGGAAUGCCAGAUCAAACCGCUGGAAAUAAUAGAAGAGUGGAGAAGGUGAAGAACAAAGAGGCAUUUGGAGACUAAAUAAGAAAGAUGAGAACAGAUGGGGGAAAAGAUGGUGAAGGAGAAGUGAGGAGAUAGACCGGUGGUCGUUGAAUUAAAGAAAAAGAAGAUUACACCAAUC